AUGCAAUUGCUAUUAUCCCCUUUUCUGGGUACAUUUGGCAUGAUUCCUGUAGAAAUCCGCCUGAUCAUAUGGGAAUACCUCUUCUAUGCCAUCCGAACACAACAAGUCCGAUACACCUUCCACAGAGAAAACCCCCUAUCCAUUCUUUCCACCAGUCGAGACCUCUACAAUGAGAUUUCGUCCCAUCUAUUCAGCAACUCCGUCCAACAUGUGAUACUGAACCCAGGAUAUAACGAGCAAGUGUGGAUGGCCAUACAAUUCAAAUUCAGAGCCAGGGAAAUCGAGUGGGCACUCAGGAACAGAGCGGAUGCUGAAAGGCAUUUCCAGAACUUCCCGCAUUCAAAGACGACAAUGAUCGUACAUAUCAAUCGGCCAGAUCCAACAGACCCGGGCCAAUUGGUGUUACUUUGGCAAAAAACCAACGCGCUAGCUGAUCUUCUCAUUCCAACCGCUCGGCCAAAUAUAAAGCUGGCCACAAAUGGUCCAUGGCGUUCACCAAACCCACCAGCUUCCUGGGGACCAGAUAGGGAUCUAUUUUGCCAGAUGGGCGGCCUACAGGAGUCAAUCCCAUUCGGACCGAAAUACCGUCCUGACUACGACGUUGUCAUGUUACCCUUCCUUCGUCUAGGGCUAUGGGUUGAAGAUCCUACAAACGUACCCGCGAUGUCAGACGAAGAAUUUGACACCUUACGCCAAUGCCUCUUUUCUUUAUUCGAUCAAAACGGGAUCGAGCACAGACUUGAAAAGCUUCUCUCCAUGACCAAGGACACAGCCGCCCGCGAGAUCGAAAGCGCACUUAUUGAAACCGACUUGUUCUUAGAGACUAGGAUGGACGAGUUACCGGGCAUAACAGCUCGUUUCCUUCGUCUUGAACGAUACAGGAACUGGUUCGAAGACGGGAGAAGCUGGGAAUCGCUAUAUGAGGCACAACUCGAAAAGCAAUUAUCUACCUGUCCCCAGGUUAUCACGGAUAUCGAUCUCUUGCUCGAUCGAUUGAGUACCAGAUACGUGGUUCUUAUUCUACUACACCACGCGAUCUGUUCGCCAAGGUCAAAUUUGUACGGUGGACUUGGGAGAUUUGACGAUUCAACGAUAUAUACGACAUGGGACUCGGAAAUGUGGCCGGAGAGGUUUCCAAGUGGCGUUCCACAACUCAGCGAUGUUCAAACCUGCCUUUUGAGGUUCUGGCGGCCGGGUAAAGACCUGUUUGGGAAAUUCCUCGCCUAUUCAAAGUGGUUAGGUCGACGAGGGCCGAGGAACUUAGAUGGUCAGCUAUACACCGUAUGA